AUGGACAGUAAGCGGAAAAAAAGAAGCGUCACUGCUAGCACGAUAUUAAUAGUUUUUGUCACAUGCUGUCUUUAUACACUAUAUAUCUUGAAGUUCGAGAACCCUAGGUCAUCUUCGCCAGUUUCUUUAUUGCCCACAAUUAACACCUUGAAGAAAAUUGAGCAUGUAACGGAUCUAAACCAAGAAUAUGUGUUUGUUGGUGACAUUCACGGCAAUUAUGAUGAGUUCAUCGAACUCAUCGAUGACAAGAUUGGGGGGCUGAGGGAAAAUACAACGAUGAUAUUGCUUGGUGAUUUCAUUCACAAAGGUCCGGACUCGGAUAAGGUAGUCUCGUACAUCCUAAAUCAUAAGGAUCAGGUAAAAUGCGUGCUGGGUAAUCAUGAAAUAUUGGUUAUGAUGGCUUACCUGAAUCCAGAUUACUCACAGUGGGUAAGACACCCCAAACUGAUGAUACCAUUAACUUUCAGUACUGAAACUGAUUUCAUACCACAGGACAUCUCAAAGAUUAGCGGGGCACAUGCGCGAUUGGCUCACGAACUCGGGUUUUCCAAAUUGAGCCAGCUGGCAGAACACUGCUCAAUGGUCAUCGAACUGGAUUUGGAUGUUACUGAUGAUAAACUUUUUGGCGUACAUGCAGGGAUGUUACCAGGAGAUUUCAUCAAGUCAAACCAAAUCCCUAGCGUGAGCUCUUUGUCGAACAUGAAGUUUGUUAAUAAGAAGCACUGGUCAAAAACAUCACGUGAGAAAGAAAACAAAAAUUAUGUCAGAUGGUUUACGAUGUGGGACAAGUAUGGAGACAGUUUUAGUAAUGCCAAGGUGUUUUAUGGGCACGACGCCUCCAUGGGGUUGAACCUACGGAAACAGACCAAGGGUCUGGAUACAGCAUGUGUCAAGGACAACUUACUUUCUUCCAUGAGAGUUAAGUACAACGGAAAGAAGGAACAGUAUGAAUACACACUAAUUCAAGUUGAGUGUUCCUAG